UUUCAUAAACAUCAGAUCAUAUCAACUGCAUAAACAUUGUAAAAAGCAAGAAGCAUGGAUGAACCGAAACGCAAUAUAGCUCAAGUUCCAGAAGAAGCUCAUAUCGAGGUCAAGAAAAGGCCCAACUCUGAGAUAGAACAAAUGAAGGAAAGAUUUGCAAAGUUGCUUUUGGGAGAAGAUAUGUCGGGUCAUGGCAACGGGGUUUCAUCGGCUUUGGCUCUAUCGAAUGCAAUUACAAAUCUAGCCGCUUCUGUAUUUGGAAAACAAAAUAAAUUGGCUCCGAUGCCCGAAGAUUUAAAAAAGAGAUGGAGAAAAGAAGUUAAUUGGCUCCUAUCGGUUACAGACAACAUCGUUGAGUUCGUUCCAUCUCAACAACAAGCAAAAGAUGGAUCAAAUAUGGAGAUUAUGGUCACACAACAACGAAGAGAUCUCCUCAUGAACAUCCCCGCCAUAAAGAAGCUUGAUGCCAUGCUCAUUGAUUGUUUAGAUAACUUCAAAGAUGAGAAAGAAUUCUGGUAUGUGGCAAAGGAUGCAGAUGAAUCUGAAAAAGGUGUCCAGAGACUUGAUAGAUGGUGGCUACCAAGUGUUAAAGUUCCUGAAGGAGGUCUUUCAGAUGAAACAAGAAAAUGGAUGCAGCAUCAAAAGGAAUGUUGCAAUCAAGUUCUUAAAGCUUCCAUGGCCAUUAAUGCUCAAGUUCUUUCAGAAAUGGAGAUCCCAGAAACCUACAUCGAAACUCUCCCCAAGAAUGGUAAAGCUAGCCUAGGAGAUUCGAUCUACAAGAGCAUUACAGAUGAGUAUUUUGAUCCUGGAGAAUUCCUAGCUUCCAUGGACACAUCAUCAGAUCAGAAUGUGAUGGAGCUCAAGAACAGAAUAGAAGCUUCAAUUGUGAUAUGGAAGAGAAAGAUGAAUCAAAAAGAGUUGAAAUCUUCAUGGGGUUCAAGCGUAAGUUCAGAAAAAAGAGAAGUAUUUGAAGAAAGAGCAGAAACCAUUUUACUCCUCCUGAAACAUAGAUUCCCAGGACUUCCACAAUCAUCACUCGACAUUAGCAAAAUCGAGUACAAUAAAGAUAUUGGUCACGCUGUACUCGAGAGCUAUUCGAGGGCGUUACAGAGUUUGGCGAACACAGUGAUGAACAGUAUAGAAGACGUACUUUAUGCAGAUGAAGUUGUACGAAAUCCAGAAAUGGAGACGAUGAUGAUGAAGAAGGAGCAAUCAGUGGAUGUUGUAGCACUAUCAAUAUCAUCACCGCGAGCGAUACGUGGAGUGAAGGAUUGGACGGGAGUUCAUAGUCCUAAAGGAAAACCUAGCUCGAUGAAUCUGUUGGAUUCCAUGGGGUGGGGUUUUGAUCAAGGGAAAAUGGAGAUGAUGAAUGGGAACUCUAGUCCAGUGAAAAUUUUGACGAAAGCGAAGAUGUCGUAUAUUGAGAAGCUUGAGGCUUAUGGAUUAAGAAGCCCAACUGCUAGACAUUAAUCAUUAAUGGCUUCCUAACUGUUAGAACAAGGAAAAGGAAAAGGAAAAAGCAUUGUGAGAGUGAGGUGAAAAGAGUAGGAGUAGUGAUUCGAGCUGUCAAGAUUUUUGUUUCGAAUUAUGGCUUUCUAUUGAUCGAGACUGGUGUCCAAUUUAAGUAGCAAAGACGGGGACAAUUCUCCUGUAUCAUAACACUUUCCAUUUCAUAGAAUGUGAAUAUGAAUAAACUUCUUUUUGUCA